AGCAAAAACGUUUAGUUGAAAGUAGACUUUUCGGCUAAGUUGACGUGUUUUCACAGAACGUGCGGAAACGUGUGUGUUGGAAGUGGCGCUUUUAAAUAAAAUUUCUUCAAGAAAAGGCCAGCAAAGAGUUUAAACAAACGCAAAACAAAAAGAAGAAGAAGCAAAAGAGAGAAAAAAAAAACAAAAAUUGUGGAAAAAGUAUUUGUUUCGAAAAAAUUUUGGCGAAAAUAUUCUAAAAAAAAAACAUAAAUCUCGACCCUAAAAACAAAUGUUCGUUAAAGUUAUCGGCUUUUUUUGUGUUGAGUGAACUCGCGAGUGUAAAGCAAUUUUUGUCGUGUCGUGCAAAUUUUCUGUGGCAUACUUUUAGGCGAAUAGUCAAUAAGCAAAGCAAACCUUAUAUUUAGGCGAAACCAUAAUAGCAGAUUUAAGCGCUUAAACCUAAAGUCAAAAGAAAGAUCCUUUGAAGCUUAACAAAAUAAAAAGAUUUCAAAAUAUAUAUAAAAAAAAUUUUUAAUACAAAUAUAUAAACCUAAGGUGUGUUUUAAAGUUCUUGUUUGGGUGUUUGGUGUAUUCUAUAGAAAAAUAUUUAAGAUUUGAUUAUCUAGUGACUUGGAAAAGCAAAUAAAAUAAAUUUAUACUUAAUAUAUAUUUCAUUUGCCGCGCAUUAAUAAAAAAAAGGGAAAAUCCUCCCUUCAUACCAAAAGAAAACUACAAAUAGUGAAGUGUUAGAAAAACCAUAAAUAGAACAAAGCCAAAGAAAGUAAAAAAAAAAUCUAAUAAAAAUCCAGGCAGCAUCAGAAAAAAGCAAAAGAAAAUUGUAGCAUAACAAAAGGCGUUAAGCAAAAAAAAAGAAUAUUUUAUAUUGCGCCUAGAAGACGACUUUACAAAUUGGCAAAGCAACAAUAACGCUAACGUAAGGCCUUGAGCAAAAUAUUAACUAAAUAGACCGAGCAACAUUUUAUUUCCUCUCAUGUGGCUCCUGGUUAUUUGGUGAAAAGCAAAAAGCUUAGAACAGAAACAUUGUAGCGAGUAUAUGCCCUUAACAUUGAGUAAGGUCCCCCCCUGCACCAUACUCCAUAACCGGCAAUGAGAUACAUUUAAAGGAUACCCAAAUGUUCGAGUAAAACAACGUUUGUUUCAAAAAAGGAAUUCAUUAAAAUAAAGUAAAAGCUCCUCAUGACUUGCUGCAUUGCUUCAAAUAAAAAAUGCCUAAAAGUAUGCUUUGCAAUGGUAUUACAAUGGCUGAGCAUUAAUUAAUAACCUUAGGCUUUUAAUUAUCUUUUAUGUGCAUUUGAAAAUGCAACUUGCACUUAUAAUGGAAUGUAAUUAACACAAAUCCAAAGUUUAACAAAAAAGAAAACUCCACUCCAAGAAGAAGAAUAAGAAUAGGAGGAAAAACAACCCCAUAAACAAUAUAAAUUAACACUUAAAGCAAAUAGAGAAACCGCUCUUACGCUCAACGAAACGAGAAAACUACUAAAUAAGUAAGCUUGUGAAGUUUUUUUGUUUGUUGUUUUUCUCUUCAGCCCCGAUUUAUUUCUUGCAAAAACAAAAAAAAACGUAAAAAAUUCAAGCAGAACAAUGCCUUUAAUUGUACAGCGGCAACAGCAACAUAGCAUACUUAAGGGCUCUCAACAGCAUUCGCAACAACGCCAACAUACAGAAGAAAAUUGUACAUGUGCAAACAUUUUAGCUAAUAAAAACUUUAGCAGCACCGCCACUACCAUCACUGCCAUUGAUUCCUUUGUCUCCUCCUGCAGCAGCAAUAAUACCAAAGCCACAGCCACAAACAGUAACAUCAACAUUAGCAGUUGUAGUAGCCGCAGCAACAGCAACAUCACAAUGAAUCAAAUGCCUUUUAAACGUGCUGUUCACAACAUUGCCAAGGAUGUUGUUAAGGAGGCUCCUGCGCACAAGACCAGCAUUAUUUCGACCAGCUACUGCCAGAGCAAUCGAGACCCCAAUGGCAGCAAUAACAAUAACACCUUCACAUCAUUGGCAGUCAACAGCAACAAAAUAUCUGAAUUUUCUUAUUGUGCAACUGAAGUAGUUGCAGCAACACAAACAUUGCCACCAACAGCACCACCAUCGACAGCAGCAUCGUCGUUUUUUGGUGGUAUUUUGGUUUCCAACCUUUACAGUUCCACCACACCAAAUAUAACAUCAGCAGCAACAUCAUCAUUCGAAACAUCUUCACCAACACCAUCAUCAUCAUCGUCGUCUGCAUUACCAUCGUCACUUCCCCUCGCAGUGUAUUUGGAAAUGAAAAAGUGUUGCCGGCGUUUUUUAAUUGUAAUUACCCUCAUUUGUUUGCUGCAUUCGUGUCUAUUGUGGAAUAGCGCUGCCGCUGCCAUUUCAAAUCGAGCCACCAAUAGUCGACCGCUGAGCAAUUCACCACAAUCUGUUACAGGCAACCAGCCACGUUUUCUAUCCCGAGGACAUACAUAUCGUUCUGUGGUUGGGGAUACACUCGUACUACCUUGUCAAGUGGAAAAUUUAGGAAACUUUGUGCUAUUGUGGCGUCGUGGUAUUAACGUUCUCACAGCCUCCAACAUAAUGGUGACAAGGGAUGAACGUGUAAGACUGAUAGAUGGUUAUAACUUGGAGAUAUCCGAUUUGGAGCCACAAGAUGCCGGCGAUUAUGUGUGUCAAAUUAGCGACAAAAUAAAUCGUGAUCAAGUGCAUACAGUGGAAAUAUUGGUUCCACCCAGUGUUCGUGCCACUCCAACCUCAGGCAAUCUACAAGCCCGCAAAGGUGGUCCCGUUACAUUGGAAUGCAAAGGUUCUGGCAAUCCUGUGCCCUCCAUAUACUGGACGAAAAAGAGUGGUACUGGCAAAUCGACUGCUCGCAUUGGCGAUGGUCCAAUUUUAACACUGGAAAAAGUUGAACGUCAACAGGCCGGCAUUUAUCAGUGUACCGCAGAUAAUGGUGUUGGAGAACCAGUUAGUGUGGAUAUCAGAUUGGAUGUUUUGUAUCCCCCAGAUAUACAAGUGGAAAAAUCCUGGAUACAUUCUGGUGAAGGUUUUGAAGCCAAGCUGGUUUGCAUUGUCUAUGCUGAUCCUAUAGCAACGGUUUCCUGGUAUCAAAAUUCAUUUUUGAUACAGUCUACCGAUAGGCGCAUAAUGACAUCAAGGGGAAAUCGUCACACCUUAACCAUCAGACAUAUCCAACAGGAAGACUUUGGCAACUAUAGCUGCGUUGCCGAUAACUCUUUGGGUCGUUCACGCAAGUACAUGGAAUUGUCCGGUCGUCCUGGUCCCGCUGAAUUCUAUUCACCCAAAUGGGGUCGCUCCUCGGACAGUUAUAAUCUGACUUGGAAAAUUGAUAGUUACCCACCAUUGGAGGAAGUUCGUCUACUCUACAGACGCGUGCUGAUGAACGAUACCUUCCAACAGCCCGGCAGAUGGCAUGAUUUCAUUCUUACCCCCGAACAUCGUCCCGUCUCGGAACCCCUAACACACAUCAUGUCCUAUACAAUAAAGAAUCUGGUACCAGGCGCUUACUAUGAGGCGAUUGUGCAGGCCAAGAAUCGUUAUGGCUGGAAUGAGGUUAGCGAUAUAUUCCAAUUCAUAGUGGCCAGCAAUAGCAUGGAUAUACCACCUGAAGAAUCUGAAGUUGUGGCCAGCUCAAAAUCACGCAGCAAUACUGCCACCUCCAGCCUGCAAGGUCCAACCUUAUCAAUACAAAUGCUGUUGGCCGGUUUAUUUAUGGUGGUGAGUUGUUUAUGCGAACGUCGGCAUCAAUUUAGUUUGGGAUAAGUUAAGAAAGAAACUUUAAACCAGAACAUAAGAAUCCUAUAUCCUUAAGAAACUAAAUCACCCACAACCUCACCAACACAAACACUACCACUACCACAAGUCAUAUUCAUGCUCCUUGUACACAUUUAUAGUUCCAAAGGACCUUACACACUCACAUUAACACAACUAGUCACCCUUCUACAUACAUUUAAAAAUAAAACAAAGGGACUCCUGACCCAAUGGCCCACUCUACAUCAUAUACUUAACGUAAGGAGAUGGCUGGCAAAGCUUUGUGUUAAUUGAUAUUAAUUUUAAGGAUUAAGACACAAAAUUUUUAAAUAAGAUUUAUGCGUUUAAGUUCAAAGUUCAUUUGUUUAAAUUGUGAAACAGCAACAACAACAACAACAAGAAAAACACCGAUUACAAAGAAGAAAAAAAUGAAAAUAAUACAUAGAUUUUAAUUAAAAUUUAUGUUGAUAUUUCUCAAACCAAAGUCAAAGUCUUUAUUGCUAGUCAUUAUUAUUAUGAAAUGACAAAAACCUUUUAUUUUGAUUUCAUAAUUUAAGUCAUGUAAAAAUCACACACAAACACAUACACACACACACACACACGAAAUUAAAACAAAACGUUAAUGUUUUCAAAUAUCUAUGCAACUUAAUUUGAUUUCUGUCAUAUUGUAUAAAAAUAUCCAUAGAGAACACAAAGCAAAAAGAUUAUGAGAUUAAAACAAUUAAAAAAAAUUAAAAAAAAAA